ACAUACAGACCAGACGGUGUAGCCUGUUAGCGUGCGUUAGUGGGCAUUAUGGCGACUUCAACAACAGACGUGAAAGAAUUGAUAGCAAAGAAAGAAAGCAUUGAGGCAGAAAUGAAGCAAUUGUUAGAAGUCCUUGAUGCGCAAAAUGGAGUUGGAAUGAACGGACGUUUAGUUGAUGCAGAGAACUUUCCAAGGAGUGACAUAGACGUUUAUGCUGUUCGAGUUGCGCGCAACCAAAUUAUAAGACUUCAGAACGAUCACAAGGCGUUAAUGAAUGACAUCGAGAAAGGUCUUCAUGCAGUACAUGCUGAAGCAAGAGAGAAACGAGUAGAAACAAGAGAAACAAGAGAAGAAGAAGUAGGCAUUGUUCUACAGCCAUUUGCCAGCAUUCAGUCUGUAGCACCAUAUUCUCCAGCUGACCAAGCAGGAUUGCGCAUUGGUGACAAACUCAUUCAGUUUGGUAGCAUUUCAUGUAACAAUUUUCAGACGUUAGAAGAUAUCAGCACUCUCGUUCAACACAGCAUUGAGAGGUCCAUCAGAGUAUGUGUCCAUCGUGGCAAUCAUCGGGCAGAAAUAAAUCUUAUUCCGAAACGUUGGGAAGGCAGAGCACUGCUGGGGUGUAAAAUUGUACCAUCAAAUUCAAUGUGAUUUAUCAAUGAAAUGUACUGCUAGUCCCAAUAGCUAAUAAUCAAUCACCUUAUAAAGAGCAGCAUCUUCCAAAUACUCUCAACACUCAAGCCAGUCUACUUCCUGUCGUCACUUGCAGAGAUUUCUUCUUCUUAUUACAGACAUUUACAAUUACCGACAUUUACAAUUGCAGACAUCUCAUGUUGCACUCUAGUAGACUAGACGAGUUUGAAUUAAUAAUAUUGGUUCAAUCAAAUGCCAUGUGAAUAUUAAUCAAAAUGUUAAAUACACUGCAGACCUUUACGA